AUGACAACCAGCGAGAGUACUUCCACUGAGCUUCUUCAUGCUCAAGCUCAAAUUUGGAAUUAUAUUUUUGAUUUUAUAAGUUCUUCGGCAGUAAGAUGUGCACUUCAACUAGGCAUUCUUGAUGUCCUUUACAAACAUGGUAAACCCAUGUGCCUUGAUGAUCUUUCUACUGAACUUUCUGUCAUUAAUCCUUCAAAGAUUUCCUUGUUGUCCAUUUUAAUGCGCUUUUCAGUGCAAUCUGGAUUCCUAAAUCAACAUGAAGAUCACUUUUCUCUUACACUAGCUAGUCGCCUUCUUGCGAAAAAUGAGCCCUUCAAUCUUAGGUCAAUCUUGCUUCUCAACCAUGAUCCAGUCCUUUCAAAAGCAUGGUCUGAGUUAGGUGCUUGGUUCCAAAAUGAUUCUCCUACCGCUUUUCAUACCACUCAUGGUAAAUCUUUCUGGGAUUACAUUGGGAAAGAACAACACAAAGUACUAAGUGAUACUUUCAACGAUGCAUUGGCUAGUGACUUGAGGUUGAAUACCAAUGUGCUUAUUACCGAGUGUAAACACGUGUAUGGAAAAGAGCCAAAGUUGUAUUACUCUAUUGAAUCAAAACACAUGGUGUAUGGAAAAGAGUCAAAGUUGUAUUACUCCAUUGAAUCAAAACACAUGGCGAACCUUAAAGGGGGUGGGAAUUUGAAAUUUGUUGCAGGAGAUAUGUUCAAUAAUAUUCCUCAUGCUAAUGUCAUAUUACUCAAGUGGGUUCUGCACGAUUGGAGGGACGAAUAUUGUGUGAAGAUACUUGAGAAAUGCAGAGAGUCAAUUCCAAGUAGGGAGAAAGGAGGGAAAGUGAUAAUUAUCGAUACUGUUCUAGAGGAUCCGAAGCAAAGCAAUGAAUUUGUUAGAGCGCAAUAUAAUAUGGAUAUGUUGAUGAUGCCUUCUUUUUGUGCCAAAGAGAGAACUAUAAAACAGACGCAUUAUAACUAUGAUCUUUAA